ACUUCCUCUUCUCAAAUCCUUCUCUUCCUCUUCACCAGAACAUUUAGAGUCAUCCCAAGUCAUUCAAAACAGUUUUGCAACUGCAUCCCUCAUGGCCUCCAACCAUAACUCUUCCUCUCUCAAUGACAUUAAGGUCACUCUCCCUAACCCCCGCGACCCCAUCACAUCGGUGCAACUCGAGGGCCCGGAGCCGGAGUUUGACUACUCCAAGCGGUCGCAGUGGCUGCGGGCCGCAGUCCUUGGGGCGAAUGACGGGCUCGUGUCGACCGCAUCACUCAUGAUGGGCGUUGGCUCAGUAAAGCAGGACCUCAAGGCCAUGAUCCUGACCGGCUUCGCGGGCCUAGUGGCCGGGGCGUGUAGCAUGGCCAUAGGGGAGUUCGUGUCCGUGUACUCCCAACUGGACAUAGAGUUGGCCCAGAUGAAAAGGGACAAGGAAGGGGCCGCCGACGGACAAAUGGACAAAGGAGGAGACGGUGACAACGGAGAGGAAGAGUGCUUGCCCAAUCCAUUGCAAGCUGCUUCAGCCUCAGCUCUCUCCUUCUCCGUGGGGGCCAUGGUGCCGCUACUGGCAGCCUCCUUCAUAAGAAGCUAUAGGGCGAGGCUUGGGGCUGUGAUCGCGGCAGUCACCGUCGCGCUCGUGGCCUUCGGGUGGAUCGGGGCGGUCCUGGGGAAGGCGCCAGUCUUGAGGUCGUCGCUUAGGGUGUUGAUCGGGGGCUGGUUGGCCAUGGCAAUAACCUUCGGGCUGACCAAACUGAUUGGUGCAAAUGCUCUCUGAAGAACAGACGCUCUUUUCGUAUGUGCAUCGAUACGUGGGAGUUUCUUUCCUCAUAUUAAGAGUUAUGUCCUGUUAAUUACUUUUGCUUAGCCUUGUUCUGUUGUGAUCAGUGGCUCCGUAUGUAAUGGACAAAGUAAAUGCAAGGUCAAAAGUAAGUCCGCGCUUAUUUAAUUAGCA